AUGUCUCAAUCAUGUUCGAUCGAGAAAUGCACUCGUACAUCACAUUGGCUGUGUGACUGUUGCUGGGACAAUCUUUAUUUACAACAUUUAAAUGAACAUAAUGAAUUAUUUAUUUCUCAAUUGAAUCCUUUGAUUGAUGAAAUCAAUAUGCUUGAAAAUCGUCUCAAAUCGCUAAAUAUUCAAAAAACAAUUGGUAAUAGUCGUCAAAAACUUGAAGAAAGGUGUCAAGACUGUUGUAAGAAGAUUGAUUGUUUAUUUGAACAAAAAUGUCAAGAACUUGAUCAACUUGUUCAUGAAAAAGUUGACCAACAAUGA